CUUCUACUUCGAUUCAAGAACUAUAUACAAAGUAGUCUUAGACCUUGUAUCACGACUUACAAACGACGUCCGUUACCCUGAGAUAAUCCUAUUAUAUUACUGUCAUUAUCUCCUUUCGUUUCUACAUUAUUUCUUCGUUCUAGGCGUUCAUUUGAUUUCAUUAUUGCAUUGAGCCCCACCCAGAGAUGAUCCAGCUUCGGUGAAGGCUUCACGACAUCAAUCAUUAUCAUGCUCACAUUACUCUCUUCAAAUUAUGUGGCCCACCCUACGACAAGCGCUGACUUAGCUAUCGCAUCGAUUGCUUUUGGAUGGACUCUUGGUUUUGGAUGGUUAACAGCAUGGACGGCAUAUAAGCAAACAAGACGAGUUCGACAACGUUAUGGAAUCACUCGAGUUCAUACUCCAUAUGUAGUAAUGAUAUGGUCUGAACUCGUCGUAUGUCUGGCAUUUGCAAUCAUAUGUUGGCUUCAUUUGUAUGAUGCUGAAAUUGUCCCCCCAAGUUUUGCAUUCUUCUUCUGCAUCCUCACUCUCUGGGCAUUACAAGUUCAAUUCCUCCUCCAGAUUAUAGUAAAUCGAAUCAGCAUUCUCUUCACCGUCAAAAGGAAAGCACUUCAUCUUAAGAUUGCCGUCGCAGUGAUCAUCACACUUGUCAACAUUUCGGUUUAUUGCAUUUGGAUUCCGGCCAGACUACAAAUUUCACAAAGAUUUAUUCACAUCAAUGAUGUUUGGGAUCGAUGCGAGAAAAGUAUCUAUCUGUUGGUGGAUGCAUUAUUGAACUUCUAUUUUAUGAAAACGGUAUACAGCAAGCUUGUGGGCAAUGGCUUGCAAAAAUACAAGACCUUGAUUAAGUUUAAUGCUGUAUUGGUGGUUUUUUCCUUGAGUAUGGAUGCGUUAAUUAUCGGAAUGAUGAGUUUGAAAAAUUCUUUUGUAUACAUGCAAUUCCAUCCUCUCGCCUACAUCGUUAAACUCAACAUCGAAAUGUCCAUGGCCGAAUUAAUUGCCAAAGUAUCCGUUCUUCCCAACACCUAUCUACCAUCCAAGAAUCGCAUGGCCCUAAAGAUCGGCAUUCAAACCGAUAUUUCCAUCAAACAUGAUGAUGCAGAUGAUAUGCAAACGUUAGAGUUAGCAGAAACAGUUAGUAGUCCAGCGCCAACGAUCAGUAAAGAGUUUGAUCAUGGACGACCGGUGGUAUUUGUAGGAGACGAUUACGAGAAUGAUAGUGAGAGGGAAAUGGUGAGGAAGAGGGGGGAGAGUGAUGUGAGGAUAAAAGGGGGGACUUGGCUAAGUGCCUAGUUAGUGGAUGAGAAAAAUGGGUUAUGGGAAUAUCAAAAAAUGCAUUAUUGUCAGAAAUUUCAUUACAGUAAAACACUGAUUGAAUGCAGUACCAGCAGUACCAGUAUUCAGCCAGUUGGUCUCGAUUAGAUUUGAGACUGAUCAACUGAUUGCUUGCUAUGAUUUAAGCACCAACCAUAACGCCCAAAGAUAACGGGAAGCUCAGCAAACCACUAGUUACGAACAAGCAUUUCCACGGACAACAAAAAGAUCCGGUAUGCUCGUUCCGGAAUUCUCAAACACCAUCGAAGUUCUCCUACUAUGCGUCAUGUUUUCCCUUUGCCACAGCACAUACUACACGCUG